ACAUCAUAAGUAGAACUAACAUCUCCGAAUAGUGCAAAUUUAGGAAGGUUGUUUUCUCUUAAGGCUGCUUUCAUACAAUCCUAAAAGCUUUAAUCAAUCGCCGGAGAACAAUUGCAAAUAGUACGGUUAUCGUUACCAAUAAUUAAGCUCAAAGUUGAAACCUAGCCUGUCUGUAUCAUAUUUGACUAAAAAAGGAUGCCAAAUUGCUCAGUUCCGCAACGAUACCCCCCCAUUAUAUGUGUAAUAUUCGCACAGCCCAUUCCCCCCUUUUAUUUGAAUCCCGGAAAAUUUUCAAGGUCGCGACCCAGCCCUAGCUACAAUUUAGCAACUAAACCGGCAACCGGCCAUCUGAAUACUGCAACAUAGUCAUAUCUCUCACCAGAACGCGUGUAUACAGCAGCUUUGAAACAGUGCCGCCGUCCGCCACUUACGUCGUAAUUCGAUCGAAUUAGACGAGCUUUUUGAUUUAAUUCACUUAACAUAUUGCCCCCCGCUUCCAUAUGGCUGGUACGGUGCAGCCCUGGGAUUACCCAGCCGUGGAUUCAACGUUGGCUUAGUUUCUACAAAAUGAUUGUCGAAUACCCGCGGGAGCAGCUGGACUCAUCCCACACUGGUCACAAUCCGAACAGAGUGCAGUCGUGAGUGGGUGUGAUAUAAUAGCGUGCGGUCUUGAGUCCGGAACCUGGCAAAACAUCCGAAUGGACAUCAAAUCCUGGUUUUGGUUUGUGUCGUGUCCUUCGUGUAACCGUUGCUCCCCAGCAGGAUGGAGAUAUCGGUGGAAGAAUCGGAAUUUUGUGAGGAGACCAAUUUCGACUCUCCAUGUCCUAGUCCGAUGGAGGAGAAAACGUUCAACAUGGAUUUCCUAACCAUCAACGGUCACUUCACGCCUAAAUCUGCGUAUUCAUCUGCGUGUUCAACGCGUAGCGUUAGUUUGGCCAACAGUCCGGUUCCUCCGGAUGAUGGCGAAGAUGAAGGCAACUAUGCUACGAUCAAUGUUCUUCAACCGAAACACAUUUUCCCAGCUACGGGCCGAACUACUCCAGUUUUCACCUGGAAUCCUCUGCCCACGGCCAACGGUAUCGUGUACGCGAAAAACAAAGACAGUGAAGUGAAGUUUUCCAGGUUCGAGGAUGAUUCAUCGGAUUCGGAAAGUACGCACCUCAGUGAUGCCGAAGAAAAAACUGACCAGAACAAACCCAAGGACUGCUACCCGAACUGUGAUGUCAAUGUGUGGUUACGAUCCUGUGAGCAGGAGAUUGUCGAACCCAUCGAGGGAAAAGUGAGGGGCGUGGUGCCGGAAUGGUUGACCGGGAGCUUACUGCGGAACGGACCAGGGAGUUUGAAGGUGGGAGAGAUGACGUUCAACCAUCUGUUCGACAGUUCAGCUCUGCUGCACCGGUUCAACAUCGAGGACGGGAAAGUGACAUACCAGUGUCGGUUUCUGAAGUCGGAUGCCUACAAGAAGAACCGAGCCGCGCAACGGAUUGUGGUUACGGAGUUCGGGACUAGUGCUGUACCGGAUCCCUGCCACACGAUAUUUGACAAAAUCGCUGCCAUCUUCCGCAAACCAGGAGAAAACAACUCCGACAACGCGAUGAUAUCGAUCUACCCCUUUGGCGAUGAGUACUUUGCCUUCACCGAGAGUCCAAUCAUCCACCGGAUCGACCCGCAAACGCUGGGCACCGAAGCGAAGCUGAACGUAUCCGACUACGUUGGAAUAGUUAACCACACGUCACAUCCACACGUCAUGUCCGAUGGUACCGUGUACAACCUGGGCUGCUCCGUUACCAAGACGGGACCGGCCUACACUAUCAUCUGCUUCCCCCAUGGUGAGAAUAUGUUCGAAAACGCCCGGAUUGUGGCGUCCGUGCCGGCCCGCUGGAAGUUCCACCCCGGAUAUAUGCACACUUUUGGGAUAACGGAGAAUUUCUUCAUCGUGGUGGAACAACCGCUGAGUGUUUCCGUUCCGUCGAUGUUGGUCAGUCAAAUCCGGAACGAACCAAUGGCUUCGUCGUUGAAAUGGUUCGAGAAUCAGCAGACUUACAUCUACCUACUGGACAGGGAUACCGGAGAGCUGAGGCAUACGUUUCAGGCGGAGUCAUUCUUUUACCUUCACAUCAUCAACCAAUACGAGAAAGACGGACAUGUUGUUCUGGAUAUCUGUUGCUAUAAGGACCCCGCCAUGCUCAACUGUAUGUAUAUCGACACGAUGAAGAGCAUGCAACAGAAUCCAGACUACGCCAAGAUGUUUAGAGGUCGUCCGCUACGGUUUGUGCUUCCUUUGAACUACAAGGAUCGGAUGCGAAGUUCUACCACAAGUAUUUUCUCCGUGAGUCGACCCUGGAGCUGUUUGAUCAAAAAACUGAGUGCGGAUGACGAUGAGAAGAAGAUAGACGAAGACCGUGGAGAUGUUACCCUGAAGAACUUAGUCACACUGGAAAACACCAAAGCGACAGCAUACGUUAUGCCCGAUGAAAGCAUAUUCUGCAAACCGGAGUUGCUCUGCGACUUAGGAUGUGAAACUCCAAGGAUCCACUAUGAGGAAAACUUGGGCCGAGAUUACCAGUACUUCUAUGCAAUCAGUUCGGACGUUGAUGCUAGCAAUCCGGGCACGCUGAUCAAGGUGGACGUCGUGAACAAGACCAAGCUUACCUGGUGUGAGGAGAACGUAUAUCCGAGCGAGCCAAUCUUUGUGCCAAGCCCAUCUCCACAGACGGAGGACGAUGGCGUAGUCCUAGCGGCUAUGGUUUGGGGUCGCGAAGAGGAGAACCGAGUCGGACUGCUGAUACUGGACGCCAGGACGUUCACCGAGAUUGCCCGGAGUGAGUUCAUCACGCCCGGUCCGGUGCCCAAGUGCCUGCACGGAUGGUUCCAAUCGUCAUCGAAGCGAGCUGAGCAAUAACCCUGCUCCCAUAAAUCAAUCAAUUGCUACUGCUUGCCCUGCCAAUAUAGUGGGUGUCCUUUGAUUUGAUGUCCGAUGUGUAGACAAAUGUGCUCAAUUAUGCAUGCACGCGGAAUAAAGUCCAUUAUCACCUGGCAUGAUGGGCACAUUUGAUAUUCGUGUAUUGAUGUUAGACGCCGUGGUCACAAAUAAAGUUGAUGUUUUACUAA